AUGCGGUGCCCACCUCUCCUGCAGUCCGUCAAUCUGCCGUCUACACCUCCGCUUCCAGCCCCCCUCCUCUCUGCUGCGCCACCGUACAACUCCCCCAUCCCAUCAGCAGUCUCGAGCGCACAGCGGCAUCCAUCAGCCAACUCAGACCCGUCGCUUGGGCCACUGGGGUCCACCGGAGACGCCGAGUUGGCAGACAAUACCUGGGUAUUCAACGCCUUCAGCUCUCCCCCUUCCCCCUCCACGAUUGCAUCUACAACCGAUUCACAGAUCGGGGGGGAGACCUUUCCCCCCUCAUCAGAGAGCACAGAGGAAGAGUCGUCAGGCUCGAAUCACAGCAGGCAAAACCUCUCCCUAAGCUUCAGCUCUCUCCCUUCAGUCUUUCCCCAAUUUCAGCAAUACCAAUCGCCCACAUCCUUGCCGUCUUCGGGGGCACCCUUUACCGACUCGUUCUCUGCACACAACUCUGAUUUUGGACAAGAUUACUUUCACUUUCCUCCAGACGAGCCACUCUCUGCAGGAGCCGAAGAUUCCAUCCAAUCUCAAAGCCCUCUGAUAGGCGGCCAGCAACAGCAGCAGCAGCAACAGCCCCAUCGGCUGCCCGCUUCCCAGCCGUCGAGCCCUGCGAGAAGUAUCUUUCCCCAACAGCACCAGACUCCAUUAGGAGGAAGGCAACGAGGGGCAACCUUCAGUGGAGGCUCUUUCUAUAGCUUUGGUGCUGCCAACCCGUUAAACUUCACAUUCGCACAGCCGCUCGCACCCCAGCAGGCUCUUCCAACCCACAUCUCCCUCUCUUCCGUUCAAGCUUCCAACGGGUCGCCCAGCUCUCCCCUGGCGCCGUCGCCCGACAUCACCACUGCCUCUCCUCAAUAUCAAGGCGCCCAAUCUCAGUUUCUUGCGCCGAAUUCAGCGCAGCAGCACAAGACGGGCGAGAACGACAUUGUCAUGGAUGACAUGUCCACACCUACGCCUGUACAUCCCCGGAUUGUUUCUGCGCCAGUCAGACGGUCAUCUCUUGGGCAGUACAGCCAACAGGCCCUGCCGCAAAACUUGAUCGCAGCACAAUCAUUUCCCCAGGUCCAACUGCCUCAAAAUCCUUCCGCGGGUUUGACAUCUUCAGACAUGUCGAGCGAGAUGAUUGACAAGUUGUCGUUGUUGGACAAGAUAUUGGACUCUGCUCAGAGUGCCAGGGAGGCUUUGCUCAGGGGACAGGAGGUUGAGGUCUCUCACAACUUGAGUGAUAUCAGUACUCAGCUUGAAGUCGCGAGCGAGCUGGGCGUAGGCCCCGCUCACCCUUCUAGAGACAGUACCACUCCCAAUUCCCAAAGCUCGCAACAGAGUACUUCGCCGAAUGGCUACCAUCAAUCUCCUCCUGUGCAGGCUGCGGCCCCUGCACCGGCACCGCAGUAUCAUAUGCCAAUGAUGGCCACAUCAGUGCCUCCCCAGCUUCACGACAUGCCCAUGACCGUUCAGCCAUCCAAUCUGCUCUCAUCUCUCGUGGCAGACCAGAAUCAACAAGGUCGACGUGCUCCCCCCAUCCAGACUGCGAAUCACGCAAUGCCAUCGGGUACCAAGAUGGUCACCGGCGAUUACUUGGGCAAAGUGCAAGCACCACCCCUUGUCCACUCUCAUUCCUACCCCAAUGGACAUCAACUGCCUAGCCAGUUGUCAGGUAACAUACCACCGUCAACGCCCGUUGCUCCUUCUCCCAACUUUAUCACUUCGAUCAGUGCCCAGCACAUGCCCAUGAUCUCGUCACCGCUUGCGACUGUCCCGCCUUCUCGACCGCCGAGUCCUCCUCGGUAUGCUUUACCCAAUCAGUGGGAGGUCGAGAUGAUGCCGAUUGACAUGGGCGUCCAGCAUCAAGUGCCAGCACCUGCGCAGCAAUCUGCUCACCCUCUCGAACGUCGUCCAUCUACCGCUGAGCGCCCAGAUGGACGGCCGAUCGCUCGAGGACGAAGCAUGUCUGUCAACAGGAACUGGAAUCAAAACAACGGCCACAACGCCAUGACAUCCAGUGUACCUCCAUCUGCGUGGCAGUCCAGAGCUGGCUCACCCGUAGACGAUGAUGAUGAGGACUCGGAUGAUGAAGGACUCAGAAAGACAAAGCGGAGACGAAGCUCGGUGGGGGUGGACGCUCAAGCGGAUAUCACUGGUGGCAUUUCGGACGAGGUGAGGAAGCAACUGGAUCAAAUAUUUGCAGAGUUCCUGAAUAGUAUAUGUUGCGAUUUGGAAAUGACGGAUAGCAAAGGCGAAAAGAUCCAUCAGGUGCUCAUGCCUAAAAAGAUGCAGAAAUUGGACGAAUCCACGGAUUAUCGGCCAUUCAAGUUCCGUAUCCAAGCAUUUACCAAUGCUUUCGCCGAUAAUCUGCAACAAAGAGGCAUCACCGAAGAGAUCAUGUCUAUCAAAAAGAUCAAAAAUUACCUUUGGCGGCAAAACCUCAUUUCGCGGUUCAAUCCCGACGGUAAAAAAGCCAAAUCCAAGGGCAACCACAUCUGGAACGUCGACGCCAAGAAGCUUCCUGGGGGAGGAUGGGUCUUCAGACCAUUCCAACGGAGAAUUAUUGGCCAGCCCAGCAAUUUUGCUCUUGCUGGUCAACGUUAUGAAUGGGAGCCCCGUAUUUGGGAUCCUCAAGCUGCAUCAGAAACCUUGCGGCCGACAUUCAGCUCCCCAACUGGCUCAUUACCGAGCUGGCUGCGGUGGGAAUCUGGUGCCAAGCUUGUUGGGGUGCCGGACAAACCUGGCCCACCAUUCGAGAUACCGGUACACGCGCAAUUUGUAGACGGGGGUGGACAGGACGCGACCAUCGAUGCUGUUUACCCGUGUCAGGUUGUUCCACAGAUGACGCCUAUGGAGAGCUCAUCACAACCGGUGCCCAUGUUCCAGCCAAUGUUUAACCCGAUACCGCCCCAGUCUGGUUUCGAGUACAUGGGACAUCAAAUGCCUCCACAAAUGAACAUGGCGUCUGCGCCAUCACAGCCAGAGCUGCAAUUCAACAACAACAACAUGGUGUAUCCUCAACCUAAUGGCUACUCUGCUCAGCAGUGA